CACUCACCACGCCCUCACACGCACCCUCCCACGCAUCAAGGACCGCCAUUCCCCGCGCCCUACAUCCUCACCAUGGCGCACCGCAUAAUCACCCAAGUCGUGAUAACCGGCACGCGCGUCCUCGGCCGCGCCUUCACCGAAGCCUACAAGCAAGCCGCCGCCUCCUCGCAAUACCAAAAAGCGCAAGCCAAAGCGAACGGUGGCGCCGGCGGGGCAGGGUACGCGCACUCCGGCCUCACGCUCGAAGAGGCGUGCAAGAUCCUCAAUGUUAAGCCUCCCAAGGGCGGGAAGACGGAUAUGGAGGACGUGACGGAGCGAUUUAAGAAGUUGUUUGAUGUCAAUGAUCCGAAGAAGGGGGGAAGUUUUUAUCUGCAGAGUAAAGUCCUCAGGGCACGGGAGAGGAUCGAGAGUGAGGCGAGGAAGGCGGAGGAGGCGGAGAGUAGGGAGGAGGAGCUGAAGAAGGGGUGGAAACCGAAGAGCUGAGAAUCGUGAAUUACUGCUCUUUUUGCGGCGGGCAAAGAAGGGGGGAGGGGAGGGAGAAAAUCGACAACCUACGACGACAAUUUCGAGGAUGGAUCGGUUACCAUCAAUCAUCUCGCCCACUUUCCGGCUGCGAGAGCAACAGCAAAUCUUCACUCUGUAUUGGACAUAGCAACGGCGUUUUGGGUUUGGGUGUACGAGAGAGAGAGAGGGGGGGUGAAAGGGAGAUGUAUGUUGAGCUUGUAAAUGUACGAUAUAUUGAUAAGACUGGGGAGCAUUGGGGGGGCUUUUAGAACGUUGAAAAUUACGGGUACAAAGUUAAAUUAAAUGUAAGAACAAGU